GGCCGGUUCCAGGCCGCUAGCCACGCAGUGGACGCCGGGGAGUGCUGCCCAGCGUCCGGGAGCCAGCCCGCCACCCCCUGCGCCCCCGCCUCCCCGACGGGCGCCCCCUGCUGUGGCCGCCGCCGCUGCCCCGCCUCCGAGGCCACCAUGAAGAAGGAGGUGUGCUCCGUGGCCUUCUUCAAGGCCGUGUUUGCCGAAUUCCUGGCCACUCUCAUCUUCGUCUUCUUCGGCCUCGGCUCAGCCCUCCAGUGGCCGUCGGCGCUGCCCAGCAUCCUGCAAAUCUCGAUGGCUUUUGGCUUGGCCAUAGGCACCCUGGCCCAGGCUCUGGGGCCGGUGAGCGGAGGCCACAUCAACCCCGCCAUCACACUGGCCCUCUUUGUGGGCAACCAGAUCUCCCUGCUCCGGGCUCUCUUCUACGUGGUGGCCCAGCUGGUGGGCGCCAUUGCUGGGGCGGCCAUCCUCUACGGGCUGGCGCCGCGCAAUGCCCGGGGCAAUCUGGCCAUCAACUCGCUCAACAGCAACACGACGCCAGGCCAGGCCAUGGUGGUGGAGCUGAUCCUGACCUUCCAGCUGGCGCUCUGCAUCUUCUCCUCCACCGACUCCCGCCGCACCAGCCCUGUGGGCUCCCCGGCCCUGUCCAUUGGCCUGUCCGUCACACUGGGCCACCUUUUGGGGAUCCACUUCACCGGCUGCUCCAUGAACCCAGCCCGCUCUUUCGGCCCCGCGGUGAUCAUGAAGCGGUUCAGCUCCGCGCACUGGGUCUUCUGGGUGGGGCCCAUCGUGGGGGCUGCCCUGGCUGCCAUCCUCUACUUCUACCUGCUCUUCCCCAACUCGUUGAGCCUGAGUGAGCGUGUGGCCAUCGUCAAGGGCACGUAUGAGCCUGAGGAGGAUUGGGAGGAGCAGCGGGAGGAGCGGAAGAAGACCAUGGAGCUGACCGCUCACUGACCAGUGUCAGGCAGAGGCCAGCUCCUCAGCCCCUGAACCGCAGGGGAAAAAAGAAAAAAAUAUGACAGCAAAGCUUCCUUACCCCACAGUUGGGUCCUCUGGGCUGGGGAGGAGGUGCUGGUUCCCCAGGCUACACAGUUAGAGAUGGGAGCAGGAACCCAUGAUGGUACUCUUGGGGUGGGAGCUAGGGGCUGGAAUCUGGUGGGGAGGGGUCUCUCUGGGACAAGGCAGACAGCUGCCAUGAGGUCAGACCUUAGAGACUGUGAACCUAAGCCCGCAGGCUGCCCCAGGACCAAGCCAGGAAGGGGUGGCCUGCAGUCUGCAUCGCCCCACCCUUCCCAGCCCCUCCUCAAGAACCAGAGGGAUCCCAGGCCCUAAGACAGCAGAGGCUGACCCUCCCCAGAGCUCCUUAGGAGGGAGACGGACUGGUUCAUUAAAUGCUGCCUUAUUUAUGUCUGGUCAAGGAUGCAUGGAGUAGAGCUGCCGGUGUUUGGGGUGGAGGCUUCCCAAUAAACCACUGACAUUCA